GUGCUUCUGGUGUACCGUCACUUCCGCUUGUUUCAACACCGCGCCACCAGGCAGAGUAGCCGAUAAAUAAGCGCUCCUCCAACUUCUUUGUUCGUUUUCGUCUGCGGCUCAAAACGUCAACGGCACGAUGUCCGACAAGAUGAACAUGUCCCUGGACGACAUCAUCAAGAUGAACAAGAAAGGAGGCCGCGGCGGAGGGUCGUCCGGGCGGGCUGGAAGUUCAGGUCGAGCCGGCGGAUCGUCGAGGCCGGUGCGGAGCCGACAGAGUAACUUCAACCGGGACAGAAACAACAGAUCCGCGCCGUACACCCGGCCCAGAGAGCUUCCAGACAAAUGGCAGCAUGACAUGUUCGAGGAGCACGUUGGUGGACUCAGAGGACCGAGUGCAGUACCAGAGAGGAGUGUAGAAAGUAGCGGCAAACUGCUGGUUUCCAAUCUGGACUUUGGCGUCUCUGAUUCAGACAUCAAGGAGCUGUUUGCAGAGUUCGGGACAUUAAAGAAGGCGUCGGUACACUAUGAUCGCUCCGGCCGCAGUAAAGGAACCGCAGACGUCCACUUUGAAACCAAGGCAGAAGCAAUGAAAGCCAUGAAGCACUACAACGGUGUUCCGCUUGAUGGCCGCCCCAUGAAGAUCCAGCAAGUGACUUCAGAAUUCAGUCCACAGAGUCGGCAGUCUACGCAGAGUUCAAACAGCGGCUUCGACCGGAGCAGGCUCGGUCAGCCCAAGUUUGAGAGGCGGCAGGGUGGCGGCGGCGGCGGAGGUGGUGGAGGAGGCUUCAGAGGUCGUGGGAGGGGAGGUGGAAACAGACCCCAGCUGUCUGCAGAGGAGCUGGACGCCCAGCUGGACGCUUACAACGCCAAGUUUCAGAUGGACACCAGUUAAAGUCACUCAGAGGAGACGCUGCCUCUUUCCCGUAGUGUGUUUUUUUUUUUUUUUUUAAAUCUCAUUCAGAUACAGCCGCUCUGACUGUAUUACACUUGUGUUUUAAAGUCAUUUUAUUGUAUGGACCAUUGUUAUGUUACUUCCAUUUUAAAUUUCUCAGUAUUUUUAUAGCCAUGUUUCCCAGGACAGGAUUGAUUUUCUUUUUGUUUUAAUUUAUAUAGACAAUUGCCUUAAACCUGCAAUGUGAUUAAUUGGUGAUUGUUUUUUUUUUUUUUUUUUUUUUUAAGUAAUGUAAACAUGAUUCAAUGACAGGCUGUUUAAUGUGAUGCUAAAAAUGUUAAAUGUUGAUGUACAUCGGUUCUGUCACUUUGUACUGUAUACUUGACAUAUGGACAUGUUUAAAGGGUUUUGUACAUAAAUAUAUUGAAUCACCUUUA